AUCGUUAUUAUCACUACAAAUUUCGGGUGAUGAGCAAAUUCACUAUUUCGCAGUCGAAGAGGUAGUAACCGGUGGAAUGGUCCUCACUACUCGUCUGCUGGCUUUCAGCCGUGGCUAUGCCACCACCCGCGCAGGCGGUUCUCGUCUCAAGCCUACGCUAAAUCUCGACCAGUUCAUUCAAAGAGGUCGAGUCUUGGCAUUCUACCGUACUAUUCUGCGCGGUACGAAAAAGAUUCCUGACCCUACAACAAGAGCCGAGUCUCGAAGAUACGCCCGUGAUGAAUUCGAGAGACGUCGCAAUGUGGCAGACUCUGCACACGUUCGAUAUCUCCUCUCAGUUGGCAAGACGGAAUGGGAAGGCAUGGAGAGGUAUAUCGAUGGUAUGUAGCGCAGUAAAGUUGUAGUUGUAGUUGUAUUUGUACAUGUCGGAC